UGUCACGUGCGGUGUAUCACGUGCACGAGAAUGCGGAUCACGGAUCCGCAAAUAGAAUAGAGGUUACGGGAAGAAAUGUGGGACGGAACCGAAAGAAAAGGGUCAUCUUCCUUUUUUUUUCCUCGUCGGAGCGAACAAUAAUAGACUCGGUCAUGGGCAAGUCUCUCCAAGUCUCUCGCGAUCUCUCACAGCCACGAGACAUGCGUUGGUACAGCAGGAAAAGCGAAAUGUGGUGAAAUGUAAGAAUUCCGGGAAACUUAAGAAAACGAAAACGGAGAGGUGCGGCGGCGCGCCUUGUUAUGGACGCCACCGCGUUAUGCGGCAUAACGCGGUGGGGAUAAAAUCCCGAAAUAUCGUUUCGAGAACGAAAAACUUGAGAUGAGACACUGCGUCGAUCGUCACCGGCGAGGUUCGCGUCCGAGCGCGCGGAAACGAAUUCUCUUUAUCUCCGUUGAGAAACACGAUAUGACGGAAAGUGACGUUAAGUACGUAGUGAUACCUCUUCACCAUCGGCCUGACUUGAUUAAAGACUGUUGUAAGUUGCUUAAUUCUGAAUGGCCUCGAAGUGAAACUGCACGAAUGAAAUCUCUAAGUGUGUCUUGUGACGAUUUUCCCACAUGUUUAGUUUUAAUUAAUGGCGAAAACAAGGUUCUCGGGCACUGCAAAAUAUCUCUGGUGGCUAGAUCGAAAAUUAGCUGUUUCAUAGAGUCUGUUGUAAUCGAUUAUCGAUGUAGAUCUAAAGGAUUAGGGUCUAGACUGUUGCGUGGCGUGGAGGAGUAUGUCGCAAAAAGAGGCCUGAAGAACAUCUACCUAAAGACAGAUGGUCAGGAAAUGUUUUACUAUAAAAACGGAUACAAGGUGUGCGAUCCAUUUAAAGCGUAUGGCAUUAAUGAUAUCAUAACUGCCAGUCCACCUCUCGGUAGGACCAGAUUCAAGGAGCGAAAUGGCGAUCAGUCCGCCGAACAAUUGCCACCGCCGCCUCCGCCACCCCCGAUGCCAGCCUUUCAAUUGUCAAAGUUUUUCGACAUGCGAAUGCUGUCUCAAAAAACACACAUGGUCAAGAAAUUAUGAUACUGGUAUUAUAUUAAAUUUUAGAGUAUGCUCUACUCGCACUGAAAACGAGAGCUUUCACAAAAUUAGAUACUUACAGAAAAACGAACUCAAUUUUUUUUAUUUAAAUAGAAUAAAAUGAGAGAAUAGACAAUUUAGCACAUUGCAACUUAACGAAGAACUUGAACUCUUCUAUUUAGGAAAUUAUUAGUCAUGUAAAUAUAUCAUGUAAAUAAUUUUUUCAAACAUGAAAUCAUUCGUUUGAAAUCAUUCGCGAAUAAACAUGCAUUUGUCUUUUCAGCUCGAAGUAUUAGAUACUUCAAAUUUUAAGCCUAUAUUCUUGAAUCUAUGUACGAAAAUCUAUAAUAUACAUAACGUAUACUAUAAUAUUAUCGUAUGCGAUAUUUUUCGAGAAUAAAGCUUCUGUUCUUAUUAUAAGCUGCAAAGUAGAGUGCCGUAGACUUAUUUUUCUAACUUUACAUUUGUAAUUCUAAUUUAUAUAUGAAGGUUCGACAAGCAGAUUCAUUGUUUUUUAGCGCCAUUUCUCUCGUCUAGAUUACAUCUUUAUUGUAAAUAUUCCUUCUUCAUUCGUUGUAUUCUAGCGGCAGAACAUGAUCUUUUUCCAUCCAACACGUACAAUUCGAGCCAGUUGCAUAACUUAUCAAACGUAAUAACAAUUUAUAUAAAUAUAUAUAUUUAUUUUUCCACUAGAAAAAAAUA